AUGGUACUUCCACCAUUCAUCCUUCUUCUUCGGCUCAUCGUCCACCUCUGGAUUUCCUCAUCCUCCGUCGCCUCCCUCACAUUCCAGAAACCAACCUUCGAUCCAAACGACGCCACAAUAACCUGCGAGGGAGGCGCCGCGGCCGCUUCCGGCGUCCUCAAACUGACCAACGCCCACCACAAAAACGAAGUCAGCCGGGUAACCUACGCCGACAAAAUCCCGCUCUGGGAUUCCGCCACCGGAAACCUUUCCGACUUCCGCACCCGCUUCUCCUUCUCCAUCUCCGCCAAACCCGGCACCCAGCAGCUCCCCUGCGGAAUCUCCUUCUUCCUCGCCCCCUUCGGCUUCCCCGUCCCUACCAACUCCGCCGGCGGCUACAUGGGUCUCUACAACUUCACCUACCGGACCUAUUCCCCGGCGAACAAAGUCGUCAAUGUCGAAUUCGACUCCUUCGUGAAUGCAGUUUGGGAUCCUCCGUUCCGCCACGUUGGGAUCAACAACAACUCUAUUUCCUCCGCGGUAUUUGCUCCCUGGGAGGUCGAUUCGCUCUCUGCGAACCCAAUCGUGGUGGAAAUCAACUACACGGCCAGCACCCACAAUCUCUCCGUGUCUUGGAAUUACGCCUCUGUUCUAGACCAGAGUUCGAGCCUCUCCUAUCGAAUCGAUCUGCGGAAAGUUCUGCCGGAAUGGGUCGCCGUUGGGUUUACUGCUACCACAAAUCAAUUCCCAGGGGAUCAGGAGCUUUUGUGGUGGGAUUUCAGCUCCACUCUGGAAAUCAACCAAAAGGAUGUGGCAAAUGUCGAAAGGAAAGUGCUUCUGGUUCUUCUUGCUGUGCCAUUAGGGUUUGCCGUAGCAGCAAAAGUGAUUGCGGACGGAGUCGGUCGGAGCCGGAAGAAGAAGGAAACGAUUGAAGGAGUGAGUUUGUUGUCCAUCAAUGUCGAGUUCUCCAAAGGCGCAGGUCCCAGGCGUUCUGCACAAGUGAUCCAGGAGUACAUAACUGAAGUGAAGGUGAUCAGCAGGUUGAGGCACAGAAAUCUGGUGAAACUCAUAGGCUGGUGCCACGAGAGAGGCGAAUUCUUGCUUGUUUACGAGUUCAUGCCAGAGGGUAGUCUUGAUUCACACCUCUUUGCGAACUGUAUCAGCACCGGGAGCCAUCCUCUCCGAUGGCCCGAAAGGUACAGAGUGGCUCUGGGCUUGGCCUCUGCUUUGCUCUACCUUCAUGAAGAAUGGGAGCAAUGCGUGGUUCACCGUGACAUCAAAGCAGCUAAUGUCAUGCUCGAUUCCGGAUUCAACGUCAAGCUUGGGGAUUUCGGGCUGGCUCGACUGGUUGAUCAUGAGCUGGGACCUCAAACGACGAGGCUGGCUGGAACCAUUGGGUACAUGUCCCCAGAGUAUAUCAGCAAUGGAAGAGCUAGCAAGGAAUCGGAUGUGUAUAGCUUUGGGGUGGUGUGUUUGGAGAUUGCCACGGGAAGGAGAGUUGUCGAUUACAUCGAGGACGGCCUGGAGAUGGGUUUGGUUGAAUGGGUUUGGGAACUGUAUGGGAAUGGGAAUCACAGUGUCGCCAUUGACGGGAGGCUCGUGGAAUUCGACGAAAGAGAAGUGGAAUGCUUGAUGGUGGUGGGUUUGUGGUGUGCUCAUCCUGAUUCAUCCCAGAGAGCGUCGAUCAGGCAGGCGAUUCAGAGCAGAGGAGGAAGGGACCUUCCAUUCUUCUUCGAUUGGAAUGGAGAGAUGAGGGAUCCGUCGGAAAGAGGGAAUUGGAAUGGAGGACAGAAGAGGGUUCGGAUGGGAAGCGGAAAGGAGUGGUCGGACAGAAAGGACUCCUUCGUCGUUGUAGUUGUUCACAUGCUUGUCACCGCCGGUCGGGAGGAGGAGAGAGGCUGGGUUGUGUGA